UCGUCCUAACACAAUAAUGGACAAAAUCAGGGUUUCCCAACCCUCUCCUUGGCCCACACAGUGUUUAACCCUACAUUGGCACACUAGAUUAAAUUAGUCAAAGCCGUGAUGAUUAAUUGACUAAUUGAAUCAGGUGUGGCAGUUUAGAGUUAAAUCAAAGAGGAAGAGAGGCCCAACUCUGUGGAAAAUCUGUCUCCCACCAGCAAGCAGUGUUUUUGUAUGGAGGCUGCCGGUCCUAAUGUGGAGGCGGGGCAGAACUUGUGUUGAGCACGUGCCUGUGUUGCCAUGGGGUCACCCCCCUUGUUCCUGCUCCUCCUGGGCCUGACCCCUAUGCUCCGCCUGACUGUUAAUACCUUCCACACGUCCGCCCCUCCCCCGGCUCCCCCUCCCUCCUGUGGGCCUGGCCAGUCCUGGGCCGUCCGGCUGCACACAGACUCCGAGCUGCUGGAGGCUGAAGGCUCCACCCUUCACGAGCUGGCCAGCAGGGUGGCUGAGCAGGCUGGCCUGGAGAACAGGGGCCAGAUAGGGCAGCUGGAGGGCCACUACCUGCUCUGUGCCGGGUCUGAGGAGGAGGGCAGGCCGGGGGACGUGCUGGCAGCCCACCCUCAUGUGCUCUGGCACUCCCAGGAGCAGGUCCUCAGCCGCUCCAAGAGAGCAAUAGCCUUCAACGACCCCAGAUACCCAUUACAGUGGCACCUGCACAACGAUGUCAGGGAGGGCAUGGACAUCAAUGUGACUGGUGUAUGGGAGCACAACAUCACAGGGACAGGGGUGACAGUGGUGGUCGUGGACGAUGGGGUUCAGCACACCCUCCAGGACAUUCAGCCAAACUAUAGUCCAGAGGGCAGUUAUGACUUGAACUCCAACGACCCGGACCCCAUGCCCCACCCGGACGCCCGCAGUGACAACCACCAUGGCACGCGCUGCGCUGGGGAGAUCGCCGCUGUCUCCAACAACAGCUUCUGCGCUGUGGGCGUGGCCUAUGGCAGUAAAGUGGCAGGUAUCAGAGUCCUGGAUGGGCCGCUCACAGACAGUAUGGAGGCGGUGGCUUUCAACAAGCACUACCAGAUCAACGACGUCUACAGCUGCAGUUGGGGUCCUGACGAUGAUGGCCGCACUGUCGAUGGACCACACCCCUUGGGCAAGGCGGCGCUGCAGCACGGAGUGAUUGCUGGCAGACGGGGCUUCGGCAGUAUCUUUGUCGUCGCCAGUGGCAAUGGGGGCCAGUACGAGGACAACUGCAACUACGAUGGCUAUGCUAACUCAAUCUACACUGUUACCAUUGGAGCAGUAAAUGAGGAAGGGAAGAUGCCCUUCUAUGCUGAAGAGUGUGCCUCCAUGCUGGCUGUCACCUUCAGCAGUGGUGGCAGAACGCUGCGUAGUAUUGUGACGUCAGACUGGUCACUGCAGCAGGGCACGGGCUGUACUGACGGGCACACGGGCACCUCGGCGGCGGCACCCCUGGCGGCUGGCAUGGUGGCUCUGAUGCUGCAGGUCCGGCCCUGUCUCACCUGGAGAGACGUGCAGCACAUCAUCACCUACACAGCCACACAGUAUGAUGUGCAAGGGGACUGGAAAAUCAAUGGAGCGGGCUUCCACCACAGUCACCAGCACGGCUUCGGCCUGCUCAACGCCUGGCGGCUGGUCAACGCUGCCAAGGUGUGGGAGAUGGUGCCAUUCCUAGUGUCCUAUCAGAGCCCAGUGCUGAAGGAGGAGGCUCUUGUCCCAGCCUAUCCGGAGCAACUCAACCUAACCUGGAACGUCACUGCAGCUGACCUCAGGCAAUCCGGGAUGCAGACCUUGGAGCACGUGUCUGUCACCUUGACGCUGGUCCAUUCUCGCCGCGGCAGCGUGGAGAUUGUGCUGCUCUGCCCCAGUGGAAUGACCUCACUCAUCGGGGCGCGCCGUUCUCUGGACACGGAUACCUCGGGUUACUCAGACUGGACGUUCUCCACUGUGCGCUGCUGGGGAGAGGGAGCCGAGGGCCAGUACAGGCUGCAAGUCUCUGACCACAGUAAGGAAGAGCCUGCGUGGCCCCUGGGCUCUCUGAAGCACUGGAAGCUCACUCUGUACGGCUCCUCUCUGUCCUUCGAAGAGGUCAAGGAGAGACAGAGUGUGGUGGAGGAGGCUAUGGGGGGGCAGUAUCUGGACAGCAGUUUCUCCCUGCCCUGUCCUGCAGGCAUGGACAUCCCCCCUGAGACGGUCAGCCCGUUCACAUCCAGCAGCCUCAAGUCUCUGCUACUGCUGGGCUGCUUCGCACUCUUCUGGUCCCUGUACUACACCCUGGAGGUGACCCUGGCCAACCUGGACUUUAGAGGACUGUGUUGGUGGGACAGGGGGACGCGGGGCUCCCACAGGGGGCUGGAGAUGCUCUGAGCUGGAGAGAACUGUGUGUUGGACUAAUCACUGGAGACGCUGCCACAUAACACUGGAGAAAACCUCUUCCCUCUACGACCUCCCACCCGCCGUUCAUCAGUCUAGGCCUGCUGUGAACCCAGGGGGGCAAACUGGACUGGAGACUGAGCUAUGUGGGCUGGAACUGUGAUCUCACUGGCCCACCCAUCGCUCCCCAAGCCUGUGGCCUUUUAUCAGAGUUGCAGAGACCCAAGCCUGUGGCCUUUUAUCAGCGUUGCAGAGACCCAAGCCUGUGGCCUUUUAUCAGCGUUGCAGAGACCCAAGCCUGUGGCCUUUUAUCAGCGUUGCAGAGACCCAAGCCUGUGGCCUUUUAUCAGCGUUGCAGAGACCCAAGCCUGUGGCCUUUUAUCAGCGUUGCAGAGACCCAAGCCUGUGGCCUUUUAUCAGCGUUGCAGAGACCCAAGCCUGUGGCCUUUUAUCAGCGUUGCAGAGACCCAAGCCUGUGGCCUUUUAUCAGCGUUGCAGAGACCCAAGCCUGUGGCCUUUUAUCAGCGUUGCAGAGACCCAAGCCUGUGGCCUUUUAUCAGCGUUGCAGAGACCCAAGCCUGUGGCCUUUUAUCAGCGUUGCAGAGACCCAAGCCUGUGGCCUUUUAUCAGCGUUGCAGAGACCCAAGCCUGUGGCCUUUUAUCAGCGUUGCAGAGACCCAAGCCUGUGGCCUUUUAUCAGCGUUGCAGAGACCCAAGCCUGUGGCCUUUUAUCAGCGUUGCAGAGACCCAAGCGUAUGUGAGUAAGUGUACUGCGGGGGAGCAACCUAAACCCUCUGGAUCUCUCAGGACCCUCCGGUCUCACCUAGCAGUGCUAUAGAGGUGGUAGUUUGGCCUGGUCUUUGGGUUGACGUGUGUAUCACUAGUUUGGUUCAGUCCCUUACCUGGGUCUUUUACUGUGGGAUUAGACGGCAUGCUGGACAACCAGACAGAGCAGCACUCCUGGGGUGGUUUCCUGGACAAUGAUUAUCCUGGACUAAAAAGCAAGAUCAAUUACGAAUAUCCGUUGGAAAUGCUUUUUAGCCCAGGAUUAGGUUAUAGUCUGGGUCCGUAACCGGCCCUUGCAGUUUAAGUCAGUCUUCCAAAGUUUAUUAGGUGUGCACCAUGGGAAGGCAUUACAAUGCUGUGUGUGUGAAUGUGUUUUAAAAUGUAAAUGGUUUUGGGGAUGUGUGACGGUGUGUGGGUGUGAAUGUGUUUUAAAAUGUAAAUGGUUUUGGGGAUGUGUGACGGUGUGUGGGUGAAUGUGUUUUAAAAUGUAAAUGGUUUUGGGGAUGUGUGACGGUGUGAGAGUGAAUGUGUUUUAAAAUGUAAAUGGUUUUGGGGAUGUGUGACGGUGUGAGAGUGAAUGUGUUUUAAAAUGUAAAUGGUUUUGGGGAUGUGUGACGGUGUGUGGGUGAAUGUGUUUUAAAAUGUAAAUGGUUUUGGGCAUGUGUGACAGUGUGUGAGUGAAUGAGUUUUAAAAUGUAAAUGGUUUUGGGGAUGUGUGACGGUGUGAGAGUGAAUGUGUUUUAAAAUGUAAAUGGUUUUGGGGAUGUGUGACGGUGUGUGGGUGAAUGUGUUUUAAAAUGUAAAUGGUUUUGGGGAUGUGUGACGGUGUGUGGGUGAAUGUGUUUUAAAAUGUAAAUGGUUUUGGGGAUGUGUGACGGUGUGUGUGUGAAUGAGUUUUAAAAUGUAAAUGGUUUUGGGGAUGUGUGACGGUGUGUGGGUGAUGGAGUUUUAAAAUGUAAAUGGUUUUGGGGAUGUGUGACGGUGUGUGUGUGAAUGAGUUUUAAAAUGUAAAUGGUUUUGGGGAUGUGUGACGGUGUGUGUGUGAAUGAGUUUUAAAAUGUAAAUGGUUUUGGGGAUGUGUGACGGUGUGUGUGUGAAUGAGUUUUAAAAUGUAAAUGGUUUUGGGGAUGUGUGACGGUGUGUGGGUGAUGGAGUGCUCUUCAGAUUUUGGCUGCUUUUUAAAUGAUUUAUUUUAUUAAUAGGAUUUGUUCAAAUGUUUGCAUUGUAAUUUCAGGAAAUGUCUAAUACUGUGUACGAAACAUGAAACACCUUCCUAAUAUUGAGUUGCCCUCAGAACAGUCGAUUUGUCAGGGCAUGGACUCUACAAGGUGUCAAGCAUUCCACAGGGAUAAUGUUCCAUGUUGACUCAAAUGAUUCCCACAAUUGUCAAUUUGACUGGGUGACCUUUGGAUGUUAGACCAAGUUGCUUUUGGUUUUGGUCCAACAGCUUCAAACAGCUGUAAAAAAAUAAUAUAUAUAUAUAUAUAUAUAUAUAUAUAGUGACGAUUUUAGAUGGUACAAUGAUUACCGACACUAUUCCGUGCUUGUUUUCUCGCAAACUGAAAUUGAGCGAACAGUGUAGAAUUUUUGCAACUAGGAAAUGAAUCAUUUCCACUGGAUAACACAGCCACGAAUUCAGAACAGCUUUCCCAUUUUGACAACAGAUUUCGUUCCGGUGGGAGAAAUCAGUAUGCAAAUAUCGCAGCCAAUCCCAACACUAGCGGCUAAGUGAUACUGUGAAACACUUGCAUUCCACUAUUAGCGCCAGAUAUAUUAUGGACAUUUUUCUGAAAUUACAAUGCAUAAAUUCAAAGAAAUCCUGUGCGUAGCAGCUUUAAAGCUACAAUAUGUACGUUUUUGGGCGACCGGACCUAGUUCCUAUAGAAAUGUGAGAUCAUUCAUUCCUGUCUAAGAAGCGGUGGAUUUGUUCUAUGUGUGCUAUUUCUAUGCUUCCCGUUCUAAAGUUUUGUUUUUGCUUCUUUUACUUUGGGUUUUGUACACCAGCUUCAAACAGCUGAAUAUACAACAUUUUUGAUUCUGUAAAAUAUAUUUCAAAGCGGUUUAGAUGGUACGGUGGUUCUCUACACAAUGACUGCUUGUUUUGUCACAAACUGAAAUUACACAAACUAUUCUAAUUUUAGCAACCAGGAAACGAUGGAGCUAUUUCUGUGCAUCUUUUAAGUUAAUGAUUUGUAAACAGACCUCCUGUUUGGAAUGUUAUUUUGUGCAGACUGUAUACAUUUUUCCAGUACUUGAACUUGAUUUGGGAUCUGAGUGUGGGGUUGAAUGUGUUUUAAUUUUUUUUAAUCAACUGUAAUAUGUGUGUGUUGUACAUCUAUAUAUCAGAGUUUGAUGAUUUUUAUCAACUGAAACAUAUUAAAGAUUUUAUUUUUAUUUACUGAACUGGAAGCCUGUGUUUUGCUGUGCAAGUCACCGCUUGAUUGAGUAAAAUGAAUAAAGAUUGUUGAUGGAA